AUGGCGCGGCCGGCGGCCUCGCGGCUUCUGCGGCUUUGUAGUCGGGGGGCGGCGGCGGCGAGUCCGAGGGGGGCUCGCGGCGGCGGGCGCGACCACGCGGGCUCAAGCAGCGGCCGAAGGACACCUCGCGUGCGCGGGACGGACACUCGCCAGCCGGCGCUCCGGAGACCAGCACUGACUCCCACCUCCACACCCCCAUGUACUUCCCUCUCCAAUCUGUCCUUUGCAGACCUCUGCUUCACCUCCACCACCAUCCCUAAGAUGCUGCUAAACAUCCAGAUGCAGAGCAAAGCCAUCACCUAUGGAGAAUGCCUCACCCAGAUGUACUUUUACAUUCUUUUUGGAGUACUAGAUAACUUCCUCUUGACUGUAAUGGCCUAUGAUCGCUUUGUGGCCAUCUGCCAUCCUUUGCACUACAUGGUCAUCUUGAAUCUCAAGUUCUGUGGAAUCCUGCUUCUAGCAUCAUGGCUAUUGACUGUCCUGAAUUCUUCAUUACAUGUCCUCAUGGUGUUGCGACUGUCUUUUUGCACCAACCUGGAAAUCCCUCAUUUUUUCUGUGAAGUUAAUCAGGUGGUCCAACUUGCCUGUUCUGACACCUUCCUCAAUGACAUCUUUAUUUAUUUUUCUGCAGGACUCUUGGGUAUUAUUCCACUUACUGGUAUCCUUUACUCUUAUUCUAAGAUUGUGUCUUCUGUUUUGAAAAUUUCAUCUGCUAGUGGCAAGUAUAAAGCCUUUUCCACAUGUGGGUCUCAUCUCACAGUGGUCUCCUUGUUCUAUGGGACAGCAGUUGGUGUGUAUCUUAGUUCAGCUGCUCUUGAAAACUCAAGGUUUAGUGCAGUCACCUCUGUGAUGUACACGGUUGUCACUCCUAUGCUAAACCCCUUUAUCUACAGUCUUAGAAACAACGAUAUAAAGCAGGCCAUAAUUAAAUUUUUCAGAAACACUACAGUUUUGAGAAACAUUACUUUUGAACAUCACCCUGACUUGCUUGUCAUUAGCAAUGUUCUAAGCCAGUUAUGA